AUGUCAAUCUUCAACACAACCCGUCUGGCCUGCUGUAGCAACCUUUCGGAGAGGGAACAUCGUGAUAUACGCAGGCCCAAGAGGCAUCGAGGGCUAUCACUUGAUACCGAAGUGGCAGUGUAUCCCGUUAUAGAUAGCAUGGGCGUUAAAAUAUACAUUGUCUCCUCAGGCAGUUGGAUUUUUUACAAGCUGGUGUUUUCUAGGGAGAAGCACCGACGCAAAGAUUUUGUCAUUAAGGAUCGACCACUGCUCAGCUUGCCCGUGAAGCUCAGCCAACCAUCGCUAUGCGCCCUAGCGUCCCAGCGUCGACCGGCGCUUCGAUGGCAUCAAGGAAUUUGGCAUAGCGAUGGCGAGCGUAGUGGGAUUGCUAUUCGUGUUCUCCUCUCUCAGAAGAACUUGAAGCUAGAGGGAGGGUUUAAUGAAGCAUUCAUUAUGAAAACCAACAAUGGGAGACAUGUCGUUGUGAAAUUUCCUAUGUCCGUUGCUGGGCCAGCGCCAUAUGUGACUAACUCAGAAGUUCCAACGAUCGCUUACUCUCCUCUGGACUGGAGUGAUGACCCAUCGAACCCAAUUGGCUCUGCAUACAUUAUUCUGGAACAUACAGGUAAAGUUGCACUGCAGAAAGUAUGGGAUGAGCUACUAUCAGACAAGAAAGUAAAGACGAUUGAUGCAAUCUAUACAGAUAUUGCACCGACAUGCAAACUCAAUUUUUCUGCCUAUGGCAGCCUUUAUUUCACGGACACGGCAUUUCUCGACGUCGAUUCAAAGCAGAAGCUUGAGAAUGAUUCUACAUUUUGCGUUAGACCACACUGCAAAAGAACUUUUUGGGAUUGCAAUGUUGAGGAACUGAGAUAUUAUACAUACAAAGAACCAAACAGAAGGCCAUGGCGUGAUCUCUUCUCAUACGCUUCUGCUCUGAUCGACGUUGGCUUUGCAAGACAGCCUCCACCAGACUAUCCCCUUCUUCUUCAGCAGCGCGCAUCAUACCAAGUCUUCAUGGACAAACACUUGAAUCAGCUGAAGAAUGGGCAUGCUUGUCUUCUCCAAUCUUAUAAAACACCCAGCAAUUCUGUCCAACUUUACACCCACUCUGUUCCACCCGGACCCACACAAGAGGAACACUGGCAGUCCACCAGUGUCAAACCGGCAUUUGAGUACACUCACGAUUUCCCCGACUUUGCAAGCAUCCCCUCGGGGGGAACAUUAGAAAACACCGAUGCAAGCCUCUGCUACCAAUCAUAUGAGCUAGGGUGGGCUACGUUAGCUCUGCAACUUGGUGCAACCAGGAAGAUUGACCAAAGCCUUCUCCGGCCGUUCAACUAUUGUCACCGGACGUGGGGGGAUAGCUUUGUGCCAUUUACGACCGGAUUAAUGCGGUUAAAAGAAGAACGGCUGGAAAUUUACGAGAAUAUUCUGGAAUUCUCGCAGGAUAUGAUCGAGACAUGGGUGGAGAGUGACGGCUGGGUUUGUGUGGAUCGCUGGGAAGACGUCAAGCGGGCUCACACUUACUUCUUUGAUACACUUAUGGCCAAUAUAGAGGACGACAAGGAUCGUGGGGAUUUAAGGAGGAUGUGGCCAUUUGAUGCAUGCAUUUCUGAUCGAGAGUGA